AUGGGAACAUUGCCAACAAUGAAACGAAGCCUUAUGUCGAUAGCAAUAGCUGUAUCGGUUUUUAAAGGCUCGUAUGCGUUUGUGAGAGACCUUCAACAAAAAACUCCGACAAGGUCGGCUCGCCUUCGUUCGUCGUCGGCAUUCGCGUCGCAAAUUUCACGGUCGACAAAUCUACAAAAGCCGGUGGGCACGCUGUACGGCAUGUGGAGCCAGGAUGAGGGAUUACAAGGAAACGACCGAUUUAAAGCGUGCGUUCCGUAUUUUUUGCCUCUUUUGGACGGCGACCAGUUUGGCAAGUACAUUUACGAGCGCAUCCCUCCACUGGGCUUUCUGAACGACCUGUUCAUAGGACCACUUGUCAACAUUUACCAUGGAAUUCCUUUUUUGGGAGUGGGACUGUUCAUAUUAUUGACGCUGGGUACAAGGUUUAAUACGGAUAUGAGUCGAAACGUGCGUUUCAAUGCACAACAAGCAGCCUUACUCGAUGUGGCCCUCAUUUUCCCUGAACUGAUUGCAAGUGGCUUCCAAGAAGAUCCGCUCCCACGUGCGCUGGUGGAACCAUGCGCCAAUUUCGUUUGUCUCAUAAGCAGCAAUCGUGGCAGAACAUUCCUUGGCCAUCGAUUCUCCGAUCAAGUUGUACACGACUCCACUUUUUUUUCGCCUGCCUUUUGUCGUCGUUUGGGCAUCGGGGGCUCGAUCACUUCGGGAUCGAAGCCGCACAUGAGAGCUUCACGGGCAAGUAUCUCGUUCUGCAAUUCCAGUCCAUAUCUUUCCUGCUCUAGCUUUGACAGCAAACGCAUCAUGGCGUUCGAUUCCUCUUUCAGGCGGGCCAUUUCGCAAGCCAAAUCGCUUGCUUUUUCGUCGUUGGAUCUGAUGCUUUCAUUUGCUUUUGUCAUCGUUGCCCAGUAA